CCCCUCCUCCCCGGAGCCGGUCCUUGCGGCUCCGCCCCGGAGGAGAGGGGCGGCUGCGGCAGCUCCAGCUCUUUUUUUUUUUUAAAAAAAAAAAUUAUUAUUUUCCUCUCCUCUCCCCCCCCCCGCGCCGGGGCGUGGAGCGAGAGAAAGCCGUGCGUUUUGCAGGGCUCGGGGUUUUUUUUUUUUUUUUUUUUCUGGAGGAAGGGGCGGAGGAAGCGGAAAGCAGCGCGGAGCCGCCGGGGGAAGCUUUCGGAUGAACCAUGUUGAGUCCCGCGAACGGGGAGCAGCUUCACCUGGUCAACUAUGUGGAGGAUUAUCUGGACUCCAUCGAGUCCCUGCCUUUCGACCUGCAGAGGAACGUCUCCCUGAUGAGGGAGAUCGACGCCAAAUACCAAGAUAUCCUGAAAGAGCUGGAUGACUACUACGAGAAGUUCAAACGCGAGACCGACCCGGGCCAGAAGCGGAGAGUCCUCCACUGCAUCCAGAGAGCGCUGAUCCGGAGCCAGGAACUGGGCGACGAGAAAAUCCAGAUCGUCAGUCAGAUGGUGGAGCUGGUGGAGAACCGGACCCGGCAAGUGGACAGCCACGUGGAGCUCUUCGAGACCCGCCAGGAGGCCAACGAUCCGACGGGCAACGGCGGCAAGGCCGGGCCGGAGAAGGCCAAGAACGAGACGAUGGGCCAGGCGGAAAAGCCGAACAACAAGCGGUCCAGGCGGCAGCGCAACAACGAGAACCGGGAGAACGCCUCCAACAACCACGACCACGACGACCUCACCUCGGGGACGCCCAAGGAGAAGAAGGCGAAGACGUCCAAGAAGAAGAAGAGGUCCAAGGCCAAGGCGGAGAGGGAGCCCUCCCCGGCCGACCUCCCCAUCGACCCCAACGAGCCCACCUACUGCCUGUGCAACCAGGUCUCCUACGGAGAAAUGAUCGGCUGCGACAACGACGAGUGCCCCAUCGAAUGGUUCCAUUUCUCGUGCGUGGGACUCAACCACAAACCCAAGGGCAAAUGGUACUGUCCGAAAUGCCGGGGGGAGAACGAGAAGACGAUGGACAAGGCCUUGGAAAAGUCCAAAAAAGAGCGGGCGUACAAUAGGAGGAGAUGGUUUUUCCUUUCCGGAAAUUUGAAAAACAGUUUCGCUCGCCAGGCGUAUCUGAAUUAAGAUACCGCAGGUCGCAAACUGGAAUUUGUUCGGACGGAGAUCGAGGCGGCACCGAACGAGAAAAGGUGAAACGCGGUUGGUUCCUGCUACAGCCGGUGUCAGUAUAAACGUUGUCACAAAGGUUUAGGAUUCAGAUGUUAUUUUUUAAAACCGUUACUGGCUAAAUUUUACAUGACGAAUAUUUUAUAUACUGGCCCGGACCCCCAAGGGCCAUUUUAAAAAUGAUCGAGUUCGUUUUAUAUUUAACCAAAAAGUGGUUUAGCCGAGAAACUUAACACAAAUCAAGCUUUAUACUGUCACAGAUAAGUGUAGCAAUCUUUAAUUUGUAGAAGUUGUAUAAAUGUAAAUUUUUAAGUCGACUUGCACUUAACUGUAUUAUAAUCGGAAAUGCAGCCAAAUGCCAUUGCAAAACCAGUGAGCAUUUCCCUCUCUAUGUAUGAAAGUUGUACAGCCGUGAUAUUAAAUAAAUGAAACUUGGACAGUUUG